CAGUGGGGCGUCGUCAAGAUGGAGCUCAUGGCGAGGACUUGGGGUCGAAGAGGACUGUUCACCAUCUAUGCAGGGCUCUACCUCAUCUCGACGCUCACCUCGCUCGAGGGCAACACGAUCCCGACCGUCGAGCCCUACUUCCUGAGCUUGCUCGGCGAGCACUCGAUGCUCAGCUCGGUCGUCAUUGUCAUGUCGAUUGGCUACGCCGUCGGCAAGCCGCCCAUGACCAAGAUCCUCGACGUGUUCGGCCGAGCCGAGGGCAUCUGCCUCGCAGCGACGCUGUACUCGCUCGGGUACAUCAUCACGGCGGCGGCGACCAACGCGCGCGUGUACCUCGCCGCUCGCGCCCUCUCUGCUCUCGGCGGGCAGGGUAUCCAGCUUGCGCAGCAGAUCAUCGUCGCCGACACGACCACCUUGGCGAACCGCGGCCUCAUCACCUCGACCAUCUCGCUCCCGUGGAUCCUCACGACCUGGAUCGGUCCUCCUCUCGGCGCCUUCUUUCAGCGCCAAGGCCCGGCAGGGUACCGCGCGGCGUAUGCCGUCUUCGGCACCCUCCUCCCGCUCGUCGCCUGCGUCCUCUUCUUCACCCUGUGCUUCGAGUGGCGCAAGAUCAAGCGCCGAGCGCUCGCUGAGGGCCGCAAGCCGACGACACGCGACCUCGGGUUCGGCGCCAAGGAGCUGUGGCGCGACCUCGACGUCGUCGGCCUCGUCACGCUCACGGCCGGCAGCAUCUUGUUCCUCUUGCCGUUCACGCUCGCGACCAAGACUCCCGACAGCUGGGCCGAGCCCGAGAUCUGGGUCUCGAUCGUCGCCGGCUUCGGCAUUCUCGUCUUCUUCGGCUACUACGAGGCGCAGUACGCCGCGAGCCCGCUCCUGCCGCCUCGACUCCUCGAGAACCGCACCAUCCUCAGCGGGUCGCUCGUCGGGUUCUUCCAUUUCAUCUCGCAGUUCUGCUACGAGAGCUUCUUCACGAGCUUCCUCCAAGUCGCUCGCGGUCACUCGCCGGCCGAGGCCUCAUACAUCAGCCAGUCGUACCUGUUCGCCGCCUGCGUCGCCGCCAUCGUCGCCGGGUCGCUCGCCAAGCUCACGAACCGGUACAAGUGGUUCGGCAUCCUCGGCGUCCUGAUCCACAUGGUCGGCGUGUGGCUCAUGAUGCGCUCGCGCGACCUCAAGUCGUCGACGUUCGAACUCGUCAUGAGCCAGGUCGUCGGCGGUGUCGGCGGCGGGUUCACGACGAUCGCGGUCCAGAUCGGGUGUCAGGGCGUCGUUGAGCACCAGGACGUCGCCAUCGCGACCGCCAUCUUCCUUACGAUCACGCAGGUCGGCGGCGCCGUCGGCGGGUCCAUCGCCGGCGCCGUGUGGUCGACCGCCCUCCCGAGCCGGCUGCAGCGCCACCUCGCCGCCGACGACUGGGACAAGAUCCAGCAGAUCAUUGCCUCGCUCCCGUACGCCCUGUCGUUCGACCCGGGCUCGGCGACCCGGCUCGCGAUCGAGCGGUCGUACGUCGACGUGCAGAAGAUCCUCAACUGGCUCGCGCUCGCCAUGCUCGGCCCGGCGCUCGUCGCCAUGUCGUGCAUGAAGAACCUCAACCUCGCCAAGGAGGAUCCGGGUCAGGGCGAGGGCGUCGUCGUGCUCGGCCGUGCGAGCUUCCUCGGUGCGUCCCCCCCCUCCCUCUUCCUCCCUCCUCGAGCCCCUGUCGUGCGAGCACUUUCGGAUCUGACUCGCUCUUUUCUCCGCGCAGCAGUCGAGGACGACUUGACCGCGAGCGAGACGUCGAGCUUGCUCGGCGACACGUCAGAGCGCGACUAG